AUGGCCCGUCUGCGCAGAAAAGCGUGCAUCGCCCUGUUUCUUUUUACGCUUUUCAUAUUCGGGAGUUUGAUGGGACUCCGGACGCUGAAACCCACUGAUGGCAUCUCGGAUCUGGGACUGGACUUUUUACCCCUAAUAGGAGGCAAGUUGGACCGGCGUUCUGUUGCACGUCCCCCCACUUUACCGGCUGCACCUCCAGGUCAAUCCCAAGCCCUAAACACCAAAGCGGCGCUGUCAAACUCCGGUCCAGACGGCGCCGUGUUCUAUGAUGUCCAUAUAUUUUACAGCACUUGGUACGGGGCACCACAGAUGGACGGGAAGUAUAUCCACUGGGACCACAUUCUCGUGCCGCAUUGGGACCCAAAAAUCGCGGCCAGUUAUCCCAGAGGAAGACAUAUGCCUCCGGAGGACAUAGGUUCUAGCUUCUACCCGGAGCUCGGCGCGUACAGUUCCCGAGACCCGGCCGUUCUGGAGUCCCACAUGGAGCAGAUAGGAGCAUCCGCUGCAGGAGUGCUGGUGGUGUCCUGGUAUCCCCCUGGUCUGGCUGACGACAAUGGUGAGCCCACAGAGGACCUGAUACCUGCUGUCCUGGAUGCAGCGUACAGACACAACCUCAAGGUAACGUUCCAUAUCCAGGCAUAUCAUGGGCGGAAUGACCAGAGUGUGCAUGACAAUGUCAAGUACAUCAUUGACAGAUAUGGGGACCACGGAGCUUUCUACAAGUUCACCACCAGCAAUGGAAAGAGCAUGCCUUUGUUCUACAUCUACGACUCUUACCUCACCUCCCCCGAGUCGUGGUCGGAGCUGCUGUCUCCCACGGGCUCCCACAGCCUCCGCGCCUCAGUCUAUGACUCCCUCUUCAUCGCCCUGAUUGUCGAGGAGCGCCACAAGCAUGACAUCUUAGCUGCAGGCUUUGAUGGCAUGUACACCUACUUCGCCUCCAAUGGCUUCUCCUUUGGAUCGUCUCACCACAACUGGAAAGCAAUCAAGGCAUUUUGUGAUGCCAAUAAUCUACUGUUCAUUCCGAGUGUGGGGCCAGGGUACAUAGACACCAGUAUAAGGCCUUGGAACAAUCAUAACACAAGGAAUAGGGUGAACGGGCGGUAUUAUGAAACAGCCCUGCAAGCUGCGUUAAACGUGCGGCCAGAGAUGGUAACUAUAACAUCCUUUAAUGAAUGGCAUGAAGGGACGCAGAUAGAAAGGGCGGUCCCAAAGAAGACUGUGAGCAGGGUGUACUUGGACUACCAGCCCCAUGGACCAGAGCACUUCCUGGAGCUCACACGAAACUGGAUAGAACAGUUCAACAAAGAGAAGGAGCAGUGGCUCAUGUGA